AUGCCUAGCGAGGGAGAAGAAGACUACAUACCCUGGAUUCAACAGUUCUGCGAAGCAUUCGCUCAUGAUUACUUCGUGCCAGUGGCGCAAGAAUUCAUCGAAGACGACUUUAAUCUAACCGGAUUGUCGCUGCAAGUCCCAUAUUAUAGAGAAGCAUUAUACACCAUAUUAGAUUAUCAAGUGGAUACGGCUGAUGAUAACGAUGCUAGUAUCACCAAUGGUGGAAACCGCCCGGUUCAGAACAAGGCCAAGUCGGAAUUGCCAAACAAAGCAUUAUUAUCACACUCCGCAGAUCUAUUGUAUGGGUUGAUCCACGCAAGAUACAUCACCUCCAAGCCCGGUUUGACUGCCAUGGCAACCAAGUUCGAAAGAAACGAAUUUGGCUCCUGUCCAAGAUACUACUGUGAUGGCAUGCAUUUGAUUCCCGUGGGCUGCACCGACAUUCCGGGUCAGGAAACGGUUAGAUUGUACUGUCCUUGUUGCAACGAUAUAUACUUACCAUCCAGCUCCAGGUAUUUGAAUAUAGACGGUGCUUUCUUUGGUACUACUUUCCCCGGUUUACUUGUGAAGAUGUUCCCAGAAAUUGAAAACCAAUGCAGAAUAAGAAUAAACAAAUUCAACCAAAAUGACUUCGGUUUGAAAUUGUUUGGUUUUAGGGUAAAUGAGCUAAGCAGCAGUGGUCCAAGAAUGAAAUGGUUAAGAAUGCACCCCAAGACCCAAGAGGAAAAACAAGAAUACGAAAACUGUGAAUUCCAGGUUCCUGACAAUGAUUUUGAUUCGGAAGUGGAAGACACCGAUGGAGAAGGUGAUCUCAUCGACGAUGAUGAUAAAACUAUGGCCAGUGACGAUGAAUGA